AUGGAGUCUCCGCUGGUCACGUCAAGAAGCCUCGCGAGCCCGAGUGUACAUUCUCUUUCAACUUCAAGUUUGGAAGAUUCUGAAAUCGGCGACGUUAUGAUUGUUCCACCAUUUGAACAUGUACCACUAAUCAGAAACUCUGGGCGAAAACUUCGUCCAUCGCAGCGAACGGGGGAGAAAAAGGAAAACCUCUCACUCCGUAUACCGCGCUUUACGGAGAGUACCCUCAGUGGUACAACAUCACCCCUAUCGAAAGGCAUACCUUCUUUGAGUGAAAGGGUAUCACCAAUUCAAACGCCCAUACCACCUUUCCUUCAUGAGAGGGAGGAAUCAUGGGAAAGGAGGGACGAGAGCCCCGUCCAGCUCGUCAACACAACGACAACACCAGAUGACGUUCCCUCAGCACGCUCAUUUUUCAAACCGAUUGAUUUAGAACUCAAAACAAAUGGUAAUGGGUUUAAUGCAAAUAUGAGCUAUAUACCCACACGUUCUGAUCUGGUUCUAACAAGAACAACGGGGAAAUUCAAUUCACACGAACUUGGACCAGCAGCUGAGCGCCAGUGGCAGCAGGUGGCAGAAGGUGCGCGAGUAGACGGUGUUACAGGGACAGACGAUCGGACGCAGCAGUUGGAGCAAGGUACUUCGGCACCUCAGAAGCAGCAGCCUACAGAGAUACGUAACAUUCACAAACUUGUAAGACGGAGCAGCAUCAAAUUACAAAGAGAUACUUUUAAUCUAAACGGGAGGAAUUCUACAAGACGGUACAGGAGUACUGCCAGCGGUUCGGUCAGACGGAGCCAGAGACCAGGAUCUUUCAAAAGUUAUGGGCGCUCUGAGAUCACCGGACUUCAGCUGACAACUGGAAAGCUCGAUAGCCCGGACCUUGGGAGGAGGACUCGGUGCGACAGCAACUUCUCUGAUGGUCAGACAAGAUCGUGCUCACCUUCUCCAUCGAGAACAUCACAGCAACGUUUGAGAGCUAGGGAUGUAACUGGUCUUCGCUCAAAAUGUUUGAGUGCUGAUGAUAGGUCUUGCUCGCCAGCGUCGCGAUCAGGGCCAUAUAUAAGUACCAGUACGGACGAUAGAGGUUUCAGCAUGGGAGACAUCAAAACAAGUGACAGGCAGAGAAAAAUCUCAAGACAGAAUGGCGCUCGGAGACAAGACGAGCACCUGAUGGUGGUUACGCCUACGAGGUACUCGGGGCCACAGGAAGAUGGCAGAGGGAGAUGUUACCACAAAGACCAUGAGAAGAAGGUUGUGAUCAAUGUGGGAGGGACACGGUUCGUGACUUUCCUGUCAACGCUGAAAAAUGUUGAGAACAGCCGUCUGUAUCAUCUUGAGGGGGAUGCGAGUCAUUACGAUCCAGAGUCGGGCGAAUAUUUCUUCGACCGGAACCCGUCGAUCUUUGAGUUCAUUUUGGACUACCACCGCACGAAAGAGUUGCACAUCCCAACAAACUAUUGCGGCCCUCUUGUCAAGAAUGAGUUGAAGUUCUGGGGAGUUAGUGACGAGUUUAUGGCAACUUGCUGCAAGGCAGAUUACAUGGAGUUCGAAGAAGACAUGAAAAGGGAACAACAUUUAAUGGAGGAGUUCCAAGUGUCGAUCGACCCCAACCUCCUGAGGAAAGCUGAAGUGUCUUUCAAAUACCAGUUGUACCUAUACUUGGAGUAUCCCCACUCGUCUUCAUUUGCUCAGGUGUGGGCCGUGAUGUUCGCGCUUCUUACCGUCCUCUCCAUCAUCACCAUAUUCAUGGAGACCAUGCCGCAGUUCAGAGUGGAAGUGCACAAAUCAAGCAUCCCCGAGCACAUUCUCGCCAAGAACAGCACAAGUCACACGCGGCGAAUGCUGUACGGGCAGACGGAGCCUAUAUUUUGGCUGGUCUGUAUCGAGUAUGUCUUUUUAGGAGUGUUCCUGAUAGAGUUCUUCUUCCGUUUAGUCAUGUCGCCAAGACUCCGUAUGUUUGUUUCGUCAUACACCAACUUCAUCGACCUAUUUUCCCUGGCGGCUUACUGGAUCACGACUGCCGUUUACUUGGCGAGGAUAAAUUUCGAAUACAACCACACGGCGAUCUCCUCGACUAUGCUGAUAGUGCGCCUCCUGCAAGUCUUACGAAUCUUCCGAGUUUUUAAACUUGUAAAGCAGUAUAUUGGCUUCAAGGUGCUGAUGCUGUCCUUAAAAAAGAGCGCUGGGCAACUGGCGCUACUUGCAUUGGUCUUGGGCGUCUUCGUCCUAAUCUUUGCCGCGCUAUCCUUCGCGGCGGAGUUGACCGAGAAAGACUCCUUGAUUGAUAACAUCCCCGGUGGUCUCUGGUGGGCAGUGAUUACUAUGACCGCUGUGGGAUACGGGGACAUCUACCCGAAAGGCUUCAGUGGCCACAUUAUCGGGGUAUUGUGCGCCAUAUUCGGGGUGAUUGUGACGACCCUGAGUGUGCCUAUCAUAACAAGCAACUUCAUCAGUUAUCACAAACACGCUAUGGCACUUGACGCGAUUAGGAAAAAGCACCACGUGCAGAAGACAGUGAAUAUCAGCAUGUACAAAGCCAAGCCAAAGCCUUCUACCCCUGCACAUCAAGCCGCUCAAAAAUCAUAACUAGACAGCCCAACCUCAUGUUAUGUACCAUAUAAGUAUAUACUCCUUGCGCAGUGAUAGUGGUGAUGAGGCGCCUUCCUUACACUGUACAUGCAUAUACUUGAAUAUUAUCGCUGCUUUGGAGAAUGGUACAGGCAAAUGACAUUGAAGUCAUGCUAUUGGAGGGUUAAGUUGGCCGCACACUUCAUGUAGAAGCGAUUCAAUACUGCAGCAAGUCGAGUUGCAAUAAUUGACAAAAUUGACAAAAAAGAAAUCGCACAUUGACAUGACUGAGAGAUUCAUUGAGACUUUGUGCGCUCUUUUACUCAUUGUAACCGACUGCAACUCUUUUACUCUUUGCAACUGACUGCAACUGGGGCAGUUCAUUGCAUCAAUGAAUCGCGUUGUAAUGAAUCGCUCAGUUGACAAUUCGGACAGUUUAGGUGAGGACUGAUUUUGACGCCUCUCUUUCUUCUCAGAUCAGUACAAGAUGGUAAUUUCAUUCUUGUCCAUGUCACUGCAUCGCUUGUAGAACAUCUAAACCUCGGGCCGUGGACAAUUUCCAACAAGAAGAAUUUUGUUAAAAAAAGAGUCAAUACCAAGGCUUUUGAGAGGUCUAUCUAUAGACAUUGCCAAGGAUGUUCUUGACCUGGUGGCUUUUUUACAGCAAACGAUGUCAACAAAAACCAUAUUUUGAAUGGUCGGUUAUUAAGUGAUAAUGUUUCCAUUCCUAAUUAUUUUGUAUUAAACAGUAUCAGAGUCUUUCAAAAGACUCUGACAGUAUGUAAGUAUUCUUUCCCCAAGUAUAGGCCGGUGGUUAUUUUAAAGGCUUGACUUUAGUCCAUGCAUGAUCGUUUCUCCUGAAGAAGGUGCAGUUUGCAUGAUACGGAUUCUGUAAAAUUGUAAAUUAUAAAGUAUGAUGAAAUAAAUACAGGUAUUACAAGCUGGUGUUAUGUAAAAUAAGGUAACAGUAGUUUCAAUGCCACGCUACUGUAUAGGAGUAAAGGUAAAAAUUGUAUGAUUUUCAUAAGUUUAAACCAGUUCUUUUGUUCCUAUGUGCCAGGCAUCGAUUAUCAUAUGUCUGGUUCCUGGUAAGAUU